UCCAAAUGGUAUAGUUGGCACAUCGCUCCCUGCUGUCCUGCGAUGUUUUUCGUUUUCUAGCAACCCAUUUUCGUUGGGCAAGCUUUCACUUUUUUCCCCGUCUACGUUUAUUAAACCAAUCUGGGAUCAACCUCGGCUGUAUUUCUUCAAAAUCUGCUACUACAAGAGACAUAUGGACUUAUAGAAUCUGCACAGAAUUCGUCGUUAAGCGCUGUUCGAUCUAGCUGGUCAAAGACAAAGUAAUAUAAGAUAAAGAAUAUGUUAGUUCGAUACGAUACCGAUCGCCAAGAGUGCAGUGCACAUAGCUCGCAAAGAAAUGAACGCAUCAAUGUGGAUGAGAGCAUCAUCUGUAAGGAGGAGUGCGUAGAUCUUGGUGGUGAUCUUUCAAAGGACAGGGGGAAAAGCAGACCGAUAAAUGUAAGGCCUUCGAAACGAAAUGCUGGCAAGCAAGGCCAUUCGAUUCUUAGCAUACGACCACUCAAGCAUCGACCGAACAAUAAUACGAGGCUAAGAGUGCUGGCUCCAAUGAAUCACACGGGUACUCCAAGUGAACCAGGAGACAAUCACUUGAGCCAGGAAAUUGAGCGUACAUGUUCUGGCCAGGAAAACUCUCGUCGAGCAUUGUUGCCAGAUAGCCUGUACUUCUCGGCAAACAUGGGCCAUCCAAUAUCAGACCUUUCACCAGAGCACAACAGAAACACAAGCACUAUGUCUAGACUUCCAACGAGCCCUCAACUGGACCCUGUGAUGGGUGGCUCAUUCCAGCACAUGAAGACGGAAGUGAAACUCGAAGCCCCGGUCUCAGGGCUCCAAACAAAUCAAGAUACGAUAAACUUGAUGAAAAGACCAGCCGAAGACAAUAAUGCACCCCCGAAUAAAAGGCGAAAGACCAAAAGCCACAACGAUGUUGAGGAAUCGGACCAUGAUCGAGAUUACUACUCUGGAAGCGGUGCGGUUGAGAAAAAAAAACAAGAGACAUUCGCGUGUCCAUUUUACAGAAAGGAUCCAGUUCGCUUUCUCGAGUGUAUAAAUCUCAGAAUGGUCACUAUAUCAAUCGUCAAGCAACACCUGAAGAGACGACAUGCAGCAAACCUGUAUUGCUCUGUCUGCAAACAGGGGUUUCCCUCUUCAAAGCUGUAUGAGGAUCAUCUACAGAGAGGAAGCUGUUCUCGCAGUGUAAUAGAUAGCUCUCAUACUAUACCCCCUCACAUUUUGGAGGCUCUCAAGCUUCGUUCCGACAGACGCAUAUCGUCAGAAGCUCAGUGGCAAGAGAUCUAUGUCCUUAUUUUUGGGACAUCGGAUACUAUACCAAAGCCGUUCUUAGAUGGUAUUGCUCAAGAGAUGACGGGAAUAAUUCGUGAUAUCUGGAGGCAAGACGGCAGCCAAAUUGUGUCAAAGUCUGUUCAAGAACGAGGUUUACCAGCUACCCCAGGACAACUGUUCGAUAUACUACCGGAGCUUCUCGAUAAGGUUGAGGAUCGAUUCGAAAACAAGCCGCUGAAGCAAGAAUCGGAUGAGCAGCUUCCUAAUAUCAAAAGGGCUAUGACGGAAACCAACAUAAGAGCAAGAGACGACUCUUACCAGGGAUCUACGAGUCUAGAACAUUACCCCAACGCCGGGGUUUAUGCGUCAGACUUUGAUUCCAUGUCAAGCUCAGCUUUUCUACCCAGUGACUUCCUAAAAUCAAUGUCCUUCGCUGGAAAUCAUUCGGAUCUCCAGUCAGUUGAGGAAGCGUUCGGACCAGAGGAGACUGACUCUGAGUACGCGACUACCAGCUUUGCCGGGCAUACAGAGCCAUUGAUUUGUAUGACAGCAUUUGACCCUGCUGAUCGCCCCUAUGAUAUUUUCCAGCAAGGUCCACUAUCACAGACAGCUGGAACAGACAUCUAUGAAGAUUGGCUUGGGCUCUCUGAGGAUUACUCUCUGAACUUUUUGGAGGAAUAAAGAUAUUAGCUAGCAUCAUUUUGCACAUAGAAAAGCUGUGUUCAUCGAUAUUUCGACACCUAGUUAUGCUCCUACUUUGCAACAGCGAACAGGUUAGUUUUGCCUUGACACAUUAUCAGAUGGAGGCUACCAUUGAAAGGAAUUGAAUAUAGUGAAUGAAUCUGUGUUUUGCUCUGAAAGUAGCAUAUACACUCUUACUCCGCUGGAUUAUAUAAAAGAUGAAGUGAUGGCAGAUCUGAAAGCUGGUUCUCCUGAAAGCAGGUUACUAACCAAAUGGCGUAGACUCCGUGGUUAUUCCAAGGAUGUCUCGAUAUUUUGCCACCCAGGUAAACGCUUUUAUCCGCUUACGCUGCACAAACAGGUGAGACCAUGUUCUCAACAAACCAUAUCAGACCCAUACAGGGAACAAAGUUUUAAAGAAUGUUUAGUAGCGGAGAUAACGCUUUCGGGUCCGAUGGAGGAGAUAGAGUUAUGGUAAGUCUUAUAUCAAAUGGAAAACACCUAUAAUAUAGGAGUAAAUACUUUAUUGAUCUUUAUAAAAGAGUAAUCCGCC